GACAACAAAGGCAUAGAGAGAUUGGUUUUCUUUCUCUCAGCAUCUCCACCCAACCAGCAGAAAACCGGUCUCUGAGGUUCCACCAAAAUAUGGAACUUGAUUUUGGACACUUUGACGAAAGAGAUAAGGCAUCCAGGAACAUGAGGGGCUCACGGAUGAAUGGGCUGCCUAGCCCCACUCACAGUGCCCAUUGUAGCUUCUACAGAACCAGAACCUUGCAGGCACUGAGCAAUGAGAAAAAGGCCAAGAAGGUACGUUUCUACCGCAAUGGGGACCGCUACUUCAAGGGGAUUGUGUACGCUGUGUCCUCUGACCGUUUUCGCAGCUUCGAUGCUUUGCUGGCUGACCUGACUCGAUCUCUAUCUGACAACAUCAACCUGCCUCAGGGAGUGCGUUACAUUUACACCAUUGAUGGAUCCAGGAAGAUCGGAAGCAUGGAUGAGCUAGAGGAAGGGGAAAGCUAUGUCUGUUCCUCAGACAACUUCUUUAAAAAGGUGGAGUACACCAAGAAUGUCAAUCCCAACUGGUCUGUCAAUGUAAAGACAUCUGCCAAUAUGAAAGCUCCCCAGUCCCUGGCUAGCAGCAACAGUGCCCAGGCCAGAGAGAAUAAGGACUUUGUGCGUCCCAAGCUGGUGACCAUCAUCCGCAGUGGGGUGAAGCCUCGGAAGGCCGUGCGGGUGCUUCUGAAUAAGAAGACUGCUCACUCUUUUGAGCAAGUCCUCACUGAUAUCACUGAAGCCAUCAAACUAGAGACAGGAGUAGUCAAAAAACUCUACACUCUGGAUGGAAAACAGGUAACCUGUCUCCAUGAUUUCUUUGGUGAUGAUGAUGUGUUUAUUGCCUGUGGUCCUGAAAAAUUUCGCUAUGCUCAAGAUGACUUUUCUCUGGAUGAAAAUGAAUGCAGAGUCAUGAAGGGAAACCCAUCAGCCACAGCUGGCCCAAAGGCAUCCCCAACACCUCAGAAAAAUUCAGCCAAGAGUCCUGGCCCUAUGCGCAGAAGCAAGUCUCCAGCUGACUCAGGUAACGACCAAGACGCAAACGGAACCUCCAGCAGCCAGCUCUCUACCCCCAAGUCUAAGCAGUCUCCCAUCUCUACGCCCACCAGUCCUGGCAGCCUCCGGAAGCACAAGGUAGAUCUGUACCUGCCUCUGUCCUUGGAUGAUUCGGACUCACUUGGUGAUUCCAUGUGAAGGGGGAGAGUAUUCUGUCCAGGGUGUAAACCCAAGCCUACCGUGACAGUAGGAUACUUUUGCUCAAGUGUCCAACAGGGCUAUUGGUGCUUUCAAAAUUUUAUUUGUUGUUAUUGUUGUUGUCGUUGUUAAUUUUCAAAACACACUGUAGUAUGUUGGGUUUAUUUUCCUGUGAUUUCUCCUCUGGGCCACUGAUCCACAGUUACCAAUUAUAAGAGAUAGAUUGAUAACCAUCCUUUGUGGUAUCUUUCCAGGGAUGCAAAAUGUGCUAGUCCAUAACUUUUCUACUGAAUGAUUAGACACCUUCAUUGUCUUACUUUGCUCACACACUACAGCCUUCCUUCUGUAGAGGGAUGUUUAUCUGAAUAGAAUUUAUAAUAUUUGUAUGGAGAAAAAAAAAACAUUGCCAGAUCCAAGAGUGACAAACACAAGUGCCCCUUGUCUUUGGAACUUAAGAAUGCUGGAGGAUCCCAGGAGAAUGACAUGGUAGCUCCCCAACCUUGCUCUUCACUCCUGAUUGGGCCCCAAUUUGUCAUCUAACACCAACUCUGACUGUCAAAGGGGAGAAACACCAGCAAUUUAUGAUUGUGACAUCAGAUGCUUAGAACGGUGGUGCAGGGUUAGCUAAAAGAGAUGAGGCCAAAUUGGGAAAUUCAGAUAUUUCAGUAGAGUUUGUAAAGCACAGUGAAUUCCUGGUCAACCUCUCUGAUAGGGCAAUUUUGCAAUCAAUAAGCAAAUGAUGAAUUUGAGGUAAAGGAUGUCAUACACCUGAUCCCUCUAGAAGACUAACAUACUAAAUUAUUGCAUGAACUGAAUGGUAUCCAUCUAUCUCUGUUCUAUUGAAUGCCUUGUAAACAGCCAAUACUGAAAACACUGUGAGAAUUUGUUUUCAGGUCUGACACCUUUCAGUCGCUUUUUAUAGCAAGAAACCAGUAUCCUUUUUAUAUAAACUCAUGUCUGUAUUUCAGGAGCAAACUCUUCAGGCUCCUUUUUUAUAAACUGGUGAUUUUUCCUUUGUCUAAAAAACACAUGCAGAAAAUUUACCAAAAAAAAAUACAGAAAAAUAAUGUAGUUUAGAAAUCAUGCUCUCACUGCCAAACAGAAACCUCCAGUAGAAACAAAGUGAACAGCAGAGGCCAAUUCAAUAGAAUCAGUCUUUUGAUAGCUUUUUAACAGUUAUGCUUACAUAAAUAAUUUCAAUGUGGACCAGACAUUCUCAUUAUAUUUUAAAUGAAAUGUUAUGACAUUGUAAGCAACAGUUUUUAUCUAUAAUCCUAAUAUUUCAUACUGAAGACACAGAAUCCUUUCACUUGUCUUUAACAUUAGAAAGGAUUUGUCUUUAUUAAGGACUAAUCCUUAGAAAUAGUUCUCAGUCUUUGAGUUACAGGUUCAUAUUACUGCUUUUUGUCUGUAAUCAUAACCCAUAAUGGUAAAGACAACUAAAUUUAGGUAACAGUCAUGCAUGCCAAUUCUGUGUUUGCUUUUAGCAGAUGUAGAAGAUUUCCUUUAUUUCUUUGUAAUUGUUCAGAUAUUUUGAAAGAUGCAGCAUUUGAAGCCAAGCUCUUGUUUGGCUACUGAACGAUUUACAAUUGUCCCUCUACUCUAAAUGGAAUGAGCUUGCUCUGUGUGUGUGUGUG